AUGUCGUCCAAAAAGAUCCUCACCAUCUUCGGUGUCACCGGUCAACAGGGUGGUAGUGUUGUCCAGACCAUUCUCAAGACUCCUGCGCUCCAGGCAAAGUACACUCUUCGCGGCGUCACCCGUGAUACCUCCAAACCAGCAGCGCAAGAGCUUGUCAAGCUCGGAGUCGAUCUCGUGCGGGCCAAUUUGGACGACCCUGCUUCGCUCAACAAGGCCCUCGCUGGCUCGCAUGGUGUCUUUGCCGUCACCAACUUCUGGGAGACCAUGGACGCCGCACAGGAGACGCAGCAGGGUCGCAACAUUGUCGAUGCCUCGCUCUCGACCGGCGUCAACCAUCUCGUUAUUUCCACGCUCCCCAACGUCAGCAAGCUUACCAACAGCACUCUCAACGUCCCUCACUUUGACAGCAAGGCUGCCAUCGACGACUACGCAGAGUCGGUACGAGGCGACAAGCUCAACGUGACCUACUUCCAGCCCCCCUUCUUCCUGCAGAAUUUCGAAAGCAUGAUCAACAAGGCGCAGGACGGCUCCUACAGCAUCAAUCUGCCCAUUGAUCCUGCCGCACGAGUCCCUAUGACUGACAUUGUCGCUGACGCCGGCAAGUGGGUCGCUGGCAUCUUUGAAGCAGGUGCAGCUGCCAACGGCAAAACAGUCCAGGCUGUCAGCUUCUGGACCGACCUGCAGUCCUUCUCGUCCCAGCUCUCCGCUGCCACUGGCAAGAAGGUUAUCUACAACAACGUCCCCGCCGAAGUCUUCAAGAGCUUCCUUCCUGAACCCAUUGCCGACGAGUACACCGAGAAUAUGAAGUUCAUCGACCAGUACAGCUACUACGGCAAGAAUUCAGAAAAGCAACAGCCUCAGAGCAACCAGUUCCUGCUCAAGGGCGCCAAGCUUGCCACCGUCAGCUCCUUUGCCCCCACUCUCAAGCUGCAGUAG